AUGGAUUCUCGGCGCAACCCUUCUUUGGUCGUGGGGGACUCGCAGGAGUCUCCGAGGGGAGGAGACAUCACGGCUUUGACGGUGCAAAGAUGCUCCGCGGAGUAUUCUGGGGAUGAGGAUCAAGGGUAUGCAACCUUCGACCACUUCUUGUGGCACGAAUCUGCAGAGACCGAAGAACUCCAACUGAUGAAACGAAGCAGCGAUCGGCAUACACCAACCGCUUCUUCAAAUAUUCCGAAAGAGGACUGGGUUCAGACUCCCGAGGCCCAAGAAACCUUCGAAGUAACAAAAGCCACCGAGGCGUUUGAGCGUAUCACCGCCAAGCAGGAUGACGAGCAGUGGGAAUCCUAUCUUUACCCGUCUUUUGGUAAACCAUCACAGAUAAAAUUCCGCAAAGCUGUGAUAGAUGCCUACGAUAGUUUCACCUGCACUGACGGUUUGUGGCCGGAACUAUGGUGUCCAGUGCUUGGGAAAUAUCUCCAGGAUAAAAAGGUUAUCGCCAGUUAUCUCUUUAGUUGGAGGUAUGGUCAAGAGACAAUGGACGCUAUCUUUGGCGAGGCGGCCAAAUCCGAACUCUUCUCGCCGCACAAUGGAAUUCUCAUGUCCUAUGCGGUCAAGGCUGCUUUUGACAUCGGAAAACUUGCUAUUGUUCCUUGUGACCUAAAAGAGACCGGCUGGACUACUAUCCAAGGGAUUCGAAACUGGCUUUCGCGCGGACCCGAUGAAUACCAGGUUAAAAUUCUGGACCAGAAGUGGGAUGGUCUUGACGAAGAACUCGAAGGUCACCCUUCUCUCACUUUCCGAGACCUUGAUGGCCGCAAGUUGCAAUUCCGAAAUUCUUUCCGUCCAGCAGCGCGGUAUAUGUACUUCCACUACUGUAUACAGGUAGUGCGGUACGCCUGGCAACACAAUGAGGUAAAUGGUCCAGCCGAGGCCGCCGAGAUGCUCCGGAACGAGCAUGGCCAGUCCUACUGGGGUACAUCUGGGAAAUAUCUUCCAAAGAACAUGCUUCAAUCGGUCAUUCAAGAGAUUGGCCAUGAGUAUAAGUCUCUUUUGGAUAGAGCCUGCCCUUCGACUGGAAACUCCGACCUGCUGCUGGAACUUGCAGCGGUACAAGUUAUCACCCUGCAUGUCUUGGACCCCCGGCCUCUCGAAGACGCAUGGUUAACCCUUCGUAGAAGAGUUCCAACCUUGGAAAAUAUCGACGAGUUUACAACCGACUCGGAGGAUGAGUAG